CCACCGGGCCGCGCCGGUGCCCGAGUGAGCGCGCCUGGGCGCGGGAACGCGCUCCGGGGAGAACCCGAGCAAGAUGGAGGCCGCGCAGAGGCCGCCGCCUGGGCCCAGGCAGCCACUGCUGGGAGCACCGAGCCGCGGCGCCUAGGCCGUGCCAGUCCCGGACCCGCCGCCCGCGCCGGGCCCAGGCCCCCGCCGGGAGGUCUUCGCCGGUGCCCCCGACGCAGCUCCGACGCCCGCACGACCCCUCCGAGCCCGCCCCGGGCCUCGCGCCCGCGGCCCGGGGACUCAGGCGGCUCUCGCGUGUCCCCAGCCCCCGCCGCCGGCCCCGCCCCCGGCACCAUGCUGCCCUCGCAGGAGGCCUCCAAGCUCUACCACGAGCACUACAUGCGGAACUCGCGGGCCAUCGGCGUGCUCUGGGCCAUCUUCACCAUCUGCUUCGCCAUCAUCAACGUGGUGGUCUUCAUCCAGCCCUACUGGGUGGGCGACAGCGUGAGCACCCCCAAGCCUGGCUACUUCGGCCUCUUCCACUACUGCGUGGGCAGCGGGCUGGCGGGCCGCGAGCUCACCUGCCGCGGCUCCUUCACCGACUUCAGCACCAUCCCGUCCGGCGCCUUCAAGGCCGCUGCCUUCUUCGUGCUGCUCUCCAUGGUGCUGAUCCUGGGCUGCAUCACCUGCUUCGCGCUCUUCUUCUUCUGCAACACCGCCACGGUCUACAAGAUUUGCGCCUGGAUGCAGCUCUUGGCAGCUCUGUGCCUCGUGCUGGGCUGCAUGAUCUUCCCCGACGGCUGGGACGCCGAGACCAUCCGGGACAUGUGUGGGGCCAAGACGGGGAAGUACUCACUUGGGGACUGUUCGGUGCGCUGGGCCUACAUCCUGGCCAUCAUCGGCAUCCUCAACGCCCUCAUCCUCUCCUUCCUCGCCUUCGUUCUGGGCAACCGGCAAACAGACCUGCCCCCCGAGGAGCUCAAACAGGAGAACAAAGAUUUUGUGGGCUCCACAGUAAGCUCCGUGCUGCGGCCAGGGGGUGACGUCUCGGGAUGGGGAGUGCUCCCCUGCCCUGUGGCCCACUCCCAGGGGCCCUGAAGGCCAGGAUCACAGCCCGGGAAUUGACCUGACCUCGGCCUGUCCUGGCUCUGGCCCUCUCGUCCCUCCACUCAAGCUCCCAGGGAAGACUCCAUCGCAGACUGGCUUCUCACCUGCGGCUUCUGGUUGGAAGAGAGGCUGGAGCCGGGGUGCGGCCCGGGGCGUGGGAGAGGCCCUGGAGAACCUUGGAGGGCCUGAUUCUGGCUCCUGCCUCGGUCUGACCUGCGGGGGCCUGAAUCCCACCCCCCAAGACCUGCAAGUUUCUCCUCUGCUCUGCAGUCAGGCCUGGAGGCCCCCGCAGGUCCCCGGGGGAAGGGGGUCCUGUGGCUGCGGCUCCCAGGUUCCCCGUCUCCUGCAGAAAUGUAUUCCAGACACUGCCCCAGGUGGGCUGGACUCUUGGCUACUUUUUCUUUUCUUUUCUUUUCUUUUCUUUUCUUUUCUUUUCUUCUCUCUCUCUCUUUUUUUUUUUUUUUUUUUUUUUUUUGCCGAUGUUGGUUUCACUGCAUCUGCCAACAGAGCUCCAGGUGCCACCAGCCUUCCGGGGGCCACCUGAGCCUGUCCCAGCCUGCUCCCAGCUCUCCCAAAGGAGUCUGUGCCACACCUAGGGAGAGUGCACAGGGCCUGUCUGUCCACUGCAGCCCAGGCCCCGAUCAGCCAGAGCCUCAGAACACAGGCUAUGGAGCAGCGGGGCAGGCGAAGGGCCAAGCCGGCUGGAGCUGUGGACGCUGCCCUGCCUGGGGCCAGCCUGGCCUCCUGGCUGCCAGGGUGAGUCACUGGCAGACCCUUGUCCCUGGCCGGUUUUGUACGGCACAGAAGUGGCCUCACUGUCAGGGUUGGGUUUUGGGGAGGGGGCCCACUGGUAGGGAACUAGGGCUGCGUCACCCUUCUGCCCCUCUCUUGCCCCCGCACUUGGGCCUGUGCCAAGGGCAGAGACUCUCUUGCCUCUUUGAUACUUUUCUGUGUAACUUGAACUUGCAGGUCACCUCUGAACAGGGUACCCCCUGUCCCCUUCCCAGGCCUUGUUAUCCCAUCCCUGCCUCUUCCUCCUCCUUGCCCACCUCUGGCCUUGCGACCUGCCCAGGGCCUGCAGCCUGAUGGGCAGUGCUUGGAGCUGAGGCACGAGUGUGCGUGCGUGCCCUAGAGUGUGUGUGUGUGUGAGUGCAUAUCUGUGUGCUUGUGUGUGCCAGUGCAUGCCUGCUUGUGUGUGAGUGUGUGCUUGAGUGUAUGUGUGCGUGCAAGUGUGUGCGUGAGUGUAUGAGUGCCGGAGUGUGCGUGUGUGAGCACACGCGUGUGAGUGCCAUCGGAGACAGAUGAGAAGUCCUCUCGCCCUCUCCUCCCGCGGCGGGACGUCUCCCUCCCCCUGGGCCGGGAGCGACUGUGUUGGGGGUGGGGGUGGGGGUGGAAUGCUGUGGUGUUUCCGGAACACCCGCAUCACCUUGUGCAUUCCGCAGCAGAGGCAGAGCCCGCAGCCCUCUCCACACUGGGGAAGGUGCCACUGCCCGCUGUCCGCAGGAGCGUGGCGCCCCCUGCAGGCUGCACGGGGACACAGCUGUCCGUGACCUUGGCCUUAGCCGCAGGGGACAGCAGCUUCAGGGGCAUGCACUUGCCAACCUUGUGCUCAUUUCCAUAGGACUUGGGCCUGAGAAUUAGGAUUUCCCAGAAAGCCCCGUCUCUGCCCGUGUGCCCCACCCGGGCCCUAACCGGAAUCACACGCUGGGUCCCUGUGGGAUGUGUCAGACCUGGAAGUUACUAAAGUCCUGACACUCCCUUUCCACUACACUCUGGCCCCUGGCUGGGGCUAGGGGCACCAGAGUCCCUUGUUAAAUGGUGGUAAGGGGGACAGGAGUAAGCUCCUGGGAGUCAAACCAAAGGCCAGUGCUGGAGGGGAGGGCAGAGGACAGAGUGAGGGGAGGGACCAAGAGCCAGGGCUUAGGAAUGGGGAGGGAAGGGGGGAAGGUGGGGAGGGAGGUCAGACAUGGGAGGAGAAGAGAGAAGAGCCAGAGUGGGCAGCAGGAAGGACGCAGAGCUGGCUGAUGGACAGAGAGAGGACUAGAUGCUGGAGUGGCAAGCUGCAGCGCCAGACCCGGGCUCGGGGCGAAGGCGAGGGGAAGAGGAGUGAGGCUGGGUGCGGGGCAGUGGGAGAGCAGCUGCUGCCCGGACAGCAGCUGAGUGGCUGAGCGGUGAGCAUCCCCCAAGGAUGCCUCUUGCCCUAGGGGGCCACCUGACCUGGAGCCCGGCGGCCACAGCCCUGUCGCUUUGUGGAGGAUCGGGGUGUGGAAGCCAUAUCAGAGUGUGCAGGGGACCUGUGUCCAGGUGACAGGAGGAAGGGUCAGUGCCAGGCGGCAGAGAUGGAGCCUGACCACGUUUCCAGGCCACCAUUUCCACUCCAGCUGCUGUCUGGGCAGGGCAGCCUGGAGGUGCGCCAGGGAGUUUGGGGCUGGGAGCCCCCCCAGGUGAGCUGAAGUCUGCGGGGACCCCAAGGUAAUGUUGCAGUGGGGCAGGUGACAGAGCCUGAGCCCGGACCCCGGGCCCUGACAGCCCUCCAGAGUGGCCCUGGGAAAGUGGCGUUGGGGCGCGCCCUGACCCGAGGCAGGGGAAUGGCUCUGGCCGUGGGGAGGAGCGAAGCAGAGCACCGUCUCCAUCGCUGGCCGCAGGAGGAUGACUGGAGCGCUCUGCCCGCUUCUCUCGCACUUCCGCAGCCACAAGCUGGAUGUGGCUCGUUCCCUGGCCCCUGGUGCUGGGCCAGUCCUUUGGGGCCUCUGGCAACGUGAAGAUGUUCCUUUCGAGGACGAGCAGCCGUGGAGGGGGUGAGAGUGUUGGGUGGGACCGAGGGGCCUGGGAUAGCCGAGGACAUGAGCUUCUGGACUGGGCUAUGGGGAAGAGCCCCUGCCUGGGGGACUUGGCCUUGCCCAGCUCCCGGUGUGGACUGACAGGGACCCUUCUGUGGAGAAGCUGGGAUCUCUGCCGCACAGGAAGCCUGCAGACCCCUGCGUGGCUCAGGGCGGGCUUCUGGGAGGGACUGACCGGAGGUCGCUGAGGGGCAGCAGGGGGCCACCGUCACUAGGCCCGUCACGAGGAUGGCUCGCCUCGUCUAGCCUGUUAGUUCUGUCUGAAUGCGUCCUCGCUGUUCAUCGUCCAAUUUGGUAACGUUUAUUUUGGUCCUGACCCCUUCUGCUGCUGCUGGAUCUGAGCUUCAGUGCCGGUGGAAUGAUGUUCAAAUAAAGAAACACUUUGUAUCACCCACGCUGGCUGCUGCUUCUCU